AUGCCUACCACAAGAAGAGUAACCAUCAACCCGAAUGUCAAGUUUCAUGAAAUCUUGACCAUUUAUGAUUACAAUGCGAGCGAAAUCAGAGCUACCUGGUAUGAUGAAGCUGAAAUGGACAGAAUCGCGCAAAAAUGCUGCAAGAUUGUGAAAGAAUUGGACGGUGGGAGCGCCAAACAAAGCAAGUACUGCAUUCGAGGCUUGGAAACCCACACCAGAUUGGGCUCAAUCAGGAAGAGAAGCAACAGAGUGGCUGCGAAAACAGCAGUACUCGAGGAACAAGAAAACCAAUUGAACGAGAAUAAGGAAACUGACGUCCAAGCCAUCUCCGAUGCUUAUCGAUGCACAACUUCAAGUUGCCAAAUGUGGGCUCAAGUUGUUGGUAGUCGUGACCACAAAGAAGUAGAAGCCUAUCUAUAUGAUGGCAAUGACGAUGACGAAGAAGAGGAAGAUCCAGUAGGGAGAAAACAUUCUCCUUCCUCGACAAUCUUCUGUUCGCAAAGCCAAGAAUCCAAAAUAGUGAUGUGGGCAGCUAGUACAGCAAGUGCCACGGCCAUAGCGGCGUAG